AUGAAUUCGGCUAACACGGAAGAUAUUUUCGAAAAGAAAGCUCGUGCAGCACACCGAGGAGCAGCACGAGAAGAUCGCUGCCGUCUCGUUAUUGACUGCGGAGGAUUCCCCUACGUUGAUUAUCUUGGACUGAGUACUCUAAGAACGGUUGUUGCUGAUCUCAUUGCCGCUAAUGUCCAGACGUUUUUGGUUGUAAACAAAGCCGACCUUCGCAAGCUAUUUGAAGUCACCGAUUUCUACGAGACAGUCGAUAAGAAACGGAUCUUCAAGAAACUGGAGGAUGCAGUCGCAUACGCUGAAGAGAGAAUGAUGACCGAGAGAAAGGAAGAAGAAGCUUUUGAAAGAAAAGAAGAGGAAGAAGAAAGAAUCAACUGUGAUAUUGGAGAUGUUGCUGAGUUGGAGUUAUCCUAG